AAUAAAUUUAGGAUUACAUCGAAUACAGAGAUACCGACACCCUUUAAUCUUGAAGCUCGUAAAAAUAAUAUAAGCAUAUAAAUGUAUGUGUAAAAUUCUGUACUAAAGACAUAUACUGUAUGUAAAUUUAUAUAUAUAAAUUUAUAAUAUUCUUAUUUAAUCAGUAUACUAAAUUAAUAUUAAAUAGAAAUAAUGAUAGGUUAAUCCUGAUAUUUGUCUUUAUCACAAAAUUAUUUUAUCUUUCAGUUUACGAAAAAACUAUAGACUAGUCAUAGCAGAAGCAAUAUGAACCGAAAAAUUUGCGUAGUUGGUGCUGGGGCUGUAGGCUUAAGCACGGCAUUGAAAAUUCAAACCGAAUGCCCAAAUGCUAAAGUUACUGUAUUAGCAAAAGAAUUUUACGACAAAACGACAAGUUUUGCAGCUGCAGGAAUAUACUUACCCGGGGAAGAUGAGUUUAUAAACGACCCUGCAAUUUUUAAAAAAUGGCUACAAGAUUCAUGGGAUCAUUAUAGUAAGUUAUGCAAUUCGAAAGAUGCUGGUAAAGCUGGAGCUCAAAAGAUAUCCGGAUAUUUUUUGUUUAAGGAAGGAUACAAGUACAAAAGGCCGAUUUUUGCUGAUAUUGUCUAUCAGUUUAGAGAAUUGAGCAAUGAAGAAUUGAAAACAAUAAGUUAUGGUUACUUUAUUACAACUGUUGUUCUGGAUCCAUCUAUAUAUCUGAAAUAUUUAGAAGCCUCCUUACGUAAGAAUGGUACUGAACUAAUAAAAGCUCAAGUGAAUUCCCUAGAAGAACUAUCGAAUGACUUUGAUAUUAUUGUCAAUUGCUCAGGACUGGGUAGUCAGAAGUUAGCUAAUGACUCUGAUCUAUAUCCAGUAAAAGGACAAGUACUUAAGGUUGAAGCUCCUUGGAUGAAACAUUUCACGUACGUGUAUUCAUACGACGCUACGUGCUACGUAAUACCUGGAGUUAAAGCUGUAACUGUCGGUGGCACAAGAGAAAAAGGGAAUUAUGAUAAGAGACCGGAUAGUAAAAAGACGGAGGAGAUAUGGGAAAGGGCAUUAGGAUAUUUUCCCGAACUUUACGAGGCUAAGAGAAACUACGUGAUUGGAGGGCUGAGACCUACUAAACUGGACAUGCUCGUUAAACCUGAAAUAUUGAAUUGUGGCAAUGGAAAAUCUAUACCCGUUAUCCAUAAUUACGGUCAUGGUAAACACGGAAUUGCAUUAUCGUGGGGAACCGCUACCGAGUCGGCAAAGCUGGCAAAAUCACUUAUUUCUAAUUCAAACCUAUGA